GAUGGGUAUGCUCGGAUGCUUGUCACUUCCGUUGGAAUGAACACGACUUGGGGCCAGAUGAUGAGCCAAUUGACAGGCGACAACAAAGAGCAGACGCCGCUGCAGGUCCGGUUAAACAAGCUAACGUCCGCAAUAGGUAAGGUCGGUUUGGCAGUGGCUCUCUUGGUUCUUGUAGUGUUGUUGGUUCGUUACUUCACCGGAAAUACAAGGGAUGAGAAUGGAAGCACAGAGUUCAACGUUAGCAGCACAAAAUCCAAUGAUAUAAUGCAUGCUGUGGUGGGGAUAGUUGCUGCUGCCGUUACCAUCGUCGUUGUUGCUAUCCCAGAAGGGCUGCCGUUGGCUGUUACGCUGACUUUGGCUUAUUCAAUGAAGAGAAUGAUGGCGGAUCAGGCGAUGGUCCGGAAGCUUUCUGCUUGUGAAACUAUGGGGUCUGCCACCACAAUUUGCACAGACAAAACAGGUACUCUUACCCUUAAUCAGAUGAAGGUGACAAAGUUUUGGUUGGGGAAGGAAACCAUGGAUGAAGCUUAUUCUUCAUUUUCUUCAUUUGUUGUUAACUUGAUUCAUCAAGGAGUUUCUCUGAACACAACCGGAAGUGUUUACAGAGGUUCUACAGGGUCAGGAUUUGAAUUCUCUGGAAGUCCAACGGAAAAGGCAAUUCUUUCUUGGGCUGUUCUGGAGAUGAAGAUGGAUAUGGAGGAAAUGAAGAGGAAUUUCACAAUUCUCUUUGUGGAAGCAUUCAAUUCUCAGAAGAAAAAGAGCGGAGAGGUUAGGGUUCAGUCGAAACCACUCCCCCGCCCCCCAAAAAAAAAACCCGGCGCGUCCUCUGCCUUACCUUUCCCAUUCGACUCCAGCAAGAUGGACCCUACGGCCCUACCUUUCAACAAGAUGGAAAAGAGGGAUUCCAACUUUGUCCCUUUUGGAUCUACGGUGGGGAGGAAGAAAGAGGAAGAUCGGAGGGCUCCGGGCAGAUCUGAGGUUUUCAUUUGUUUUUAUUUCUUGGGUAUAUAUAUACACCCAAGAAACAACAGCAGGGGAGUCUCUGGGAGUCUCCGUCUGCGUUUUGAAAGCAGUAGAGGGGAGAGAAACAACCGCAGAUCCCGGCCAGAUUCCGGUGACAUUUUGGUCUCCUUUAGCUAGGUAAUUUCCAGAUCCGAACACUUAAGGGGCGCCUUCGGGUUUUUUGCCUCCAGGACUAUAAAACGGUAUACCCGGAAGCAUGACAACCUACAAAGAGCCUCCGACGUGCCUGUUUUUUCAUUUUAAGUAUAGAUCUAUGGAUUUGGGAUGAUUUUAUUGAUGAAUUUUCGGUUGAAUGUACUGUGAAUUUGAAAAUCAUGAAUAUACAUGCCCAAAUCUC